AUGAGUACUAACCUAGACGUGAGAUAAGGAUGCAUGGAAUAGAUCUAAGAAAUAGAUAACCAACAAAAACUCUUAGUUGAACCACAUUACAGAGAUGAUGAAGAACAAUAAGUUGAUCAAUUCUAAGAAGAUGACUAAGUGCCUGUCUAUUCUCCUUAUUAAAUCUCUAUAUUUAGGAAACCAAUUCCUUAAACUCUAGAUGAGUUUCAUCUAGACGAGGAUCUAAAAAAGAAGGUUUGUAUUGAAGAAUGCUCAACCAAUGAGCAAUCACUAGAUCAUCAUGCUAUGGGGGACCUAGAAAUACUAGCUGUGAUGUUAGAAAGAGAAAAUUAAAAAAAGUUCUCGUAUCCAAAAAAUCUUCCAAUUCCAACUAAUGUAGAAGAACACUUUUCUAAUUUGAGAAUGAGGUUCCAGCCAUCCCAGAAAUAAGAAGAAUUUAUAUCUAAUUAUAUAAAAUCAGAUGAUAUCAUGAGAAUUAAAAUUGGAUUAUGUGAUGAGAUUCUUAAUGAUGAAGAGACACUUUAAUUUGAAGAUUGGGUAGAAUAACUUUGCACAUCCACUAAUCAUGAAUCCUUAAAAGAAAUGGCUAGAAAAUAGAAAGUAGCUAGAUACCUUUAAAAAAAACAUAGUCGAACUUAUGAAAAGAAAGUUCACUAUCAUAUUAGAUAAAAGGUAGCUGAAGAGCGAUUACGAGUUAAAGGAAGAUUUGUUACAUGGACAUAAGCAUUAAAAAUGUUGAAUCAACAAGACACAAUUAAAUCAUGGACACAUAAUGAUUACUUUAAAAUUAAAAAUUUGUUAAAUGAAAAGUUUGGAGCUGUCAGAAGUGAAAGAUCUCUAAAUUAAUGAUUUUUAACCUUUUUAUAUUAAAA